UGGGCUUCUGCCCCUCCUGCUGCACGUUCCUCUCAGAGGAGUUAAGGGAAGAUGAGGCGUCAGCGCAACAAGAAGACCUGCCAUGAAUUUAAGAAUGAAUGGGCUGUCAAAUACCCGUGUAUCCAACCCGUCCCGGAGUGUGUGCAGAACUUUUACUGCAUGGUGUGCGAAGUCUACCUGAGUUGUGCCAGACGGGGUGAGAGAGAUAUCACCAAGCAUUUGAGCACCGUGUAUCACUGCAGGAAAUCUGAAACACAAAACCCAGUCUACAGGGAGAAGGAUAUUAUUGAAACCGUUCUGGAUGCAGCUGCCAAAUUGGGCGAAAAGAUUUAUUGCUAUCUCUACAAGGUAUGGAAGAUUGAUGACAAGCCAAUUAAGAUUGAUAAGUGGGAUGGUGCGGCUGUGAAAAAUGCCUUGGACGACGCUGCCAAAAAGGUUCUUCUGGAGAAGUACGGGUAUGAGGAGAAUUAUGGCCUGAUUGAUGGUCGACUCCUCAUCUGCACCAUCUCCUGCCUCUUUGCGAUAGUUGCCCUGAUCUGGGACUAUAUGCAUCCUUUUCCAGAGUCAAAGAACGUACUUGCCGGCUGUGUGCUAUCCUAUUUUGUUAUGAUGGGAAUUCUCACAUUUUAUACUUCGUACAAAGAGAGAAGCAUAUUUUUAAUUGCGAUACAGAAAGACCCUGCUGGAUUGGAUCCUGGAGAUACCUGGCAGCUGUCGUCAUCUCUGCGGAGGUUUGAUGACCAGUACACCCUGAGAAUGACGUUCAUCGAUGGGCGGACCAACCAGGAGCGGGAGAGGGAAUUUACCAAGUCCCUCGAGUACUUCUUCGAUGAUUCUGGGACCAUGGUGAUGGAUCUGUUUGAGCCAGAAGUGUCGAAACUGCAUGAUUCUUUAGGGAAGAAGAAAAAGAUGAAAUAAGAGCCUGUAUGUGCUUUGCAUUGUGUUGUACUGCUGGGAUCGUACUCAAGAAAAGAAAGAGAAAAAAAAACACACGUUUGUCGAUGUUGUUGUAACUGCAUCCCGUUCACCGCUCGCUGGCUGCUCCCGCAGGCUUGUUUGUAUUUACCAACAGCAGCGAAUAUUUAUACCACACCUUUGUAACGUAGUGAAAUAUCCCCGGGCAAGUUGCAGGAGGGCUCGACUCUUUGCCAAAGUUGCAAAUGAUCUGGUUCAACCUCUGGCACUGACCCAGGGCAUUGGCCGGCAAGCAGAAUUAUGAAGGGUUAUGGACCAAGCGCAGGCAAGUUGGGACUAGACAAUAGGUGCAGGAGAAGGCCAUUCGGCCCUUUGAGCCAGCACCGCCAUUCAAUGUGAUCAUGGCUGAUCAUCCCCAAUCAGUACCCCGUUCCUGCCUUCUCCCCAUAUCCCCUGACUCUGCUAUCUUUAUCUAGCUCUCUCUUGAAAGCAUCCAGAGAACUUGCCUCCACUGCCCUCGUUACAGAGAAUUCCAUAGACUCACCACACUCUGUGAGAAAAAGUGUUUCCUCGUCUCCAUUCUAAAUGGCUUACCCCUUAUUCUUAAACUGUGGCCCCUGGUUCUGGACUCCCCCAACAUCGGGAACAUGUUUCCUGUCUCUAGCUUGUCCAAGCUCUUAAUAAUCUUAUGUCUCAAUGAGAUUCCCUCUCAUCCUUCUAAACUCCAUAGUGUACAAGCCCAGCUGCUCCAUUCUCUCAGCAUAUGGCUCCAUUCUCUCAGCAUCUGGCUCCAUUCUCUCAGCAUCUGGCUCCAUUCUCUCAGCAUAUGACAUGGGUAGCUGGGACAUUGUUGGACGAGUUGGGCCGAAGGGCCUGUUUCCACACUUUAUCACUCUCUAACUCAAUGAAUGAACAUGUUUAUUGGCCAAGUGUUCACAUACAAGGAAUUUGCCUUGGUGCUCCGCCCGAAAGCCCCAACAUGACAUACAGUGACAGUUAGGAAUGACACAUAAAACAUUAACAGUAAAACAUUAUUGAUUAAACAAGUGAACUAAAUAAAAUACCAAUCCAAUGA